AGAGGAACCCCUCUCGCACUCGCCGCCCGGUCCUCACUGUCUCCCGCCCCCGCCUGAGAGCGCCGCGGGGAGAACCCUCUUUAGACCGGAGCCGCCUCUGUUGUCCCACCGCCCCUCAGCCCGAGGGCUAGUGUCUCCUAGGAGGCUGUGCGACGAACAGGAUGAGGCCCUGGUCAUUUCCACGCCCAUCCCGCCCACUUCCUGCCUCCCUUCUUGGGCAACAAAGGGGCCUCGGGAAGCUGGGCCCCUUCGGCUGCCGGCACCACUUCAGCCCUGCUGAUGUGGAACGGGGUUUUGGGCUCUGCCUGGCUAUUGUCUGCGCUGGGGGAGGGGAAAGGCUGGGGCCAGGACCCCCGCACGCCUGCUGCACCAAGUACCCCCUGGGGAAGGCUUUUCCAACCGCCUACCCCACCACUUGCCCCCUCACCCUGCUAAGGGGUUUGCGUCCCAGAAUUAGAUCUUGGGGCAGGCUGGAGCCCCAGUGGGGGCAGGUCUUGCUUCCAGAGGUUAUUUUAAGAAAUCCUCGAAUCUCUUAGGCCUGAGUGUGGGGGAUGGGGGUCCCCUUUUUAUUUUCUCAAACAACUUCCUGUUGAGGAGAGGGAGUGGGGGAGGGCCUGGAGGCCACAGAGCGUUUCUUGGAGUGUCCACUCCUCCAGCUGAUUCCGUUCCUCCCCCUCCCCUCAGGGAGACCCCGUGGUCCUGUGGAGGCUUGUGGAGGGGCGGAAGGGGAGUAGGUCUCUGCUCCAAGGACAAGGGGAAGGGAGGAAUUCAUGGGGGCUCCUGGGGAGGCCUGAUCAGGUCUUGUGUCUGUCAGUGCCUCCUGGCAUGGGCUUUGUGGGCCCCCUUCCAGUUUGUUUUCUCUGGCUGUGAUUCUGACGCUGUCUUUUCCCCCAGCAGGGCAGCUGGCCUGGAGCUUAGAGCCAGGGGUGUGCCAUGGCCCCACACUGGGCUAUCUGGCUGCUGACAGUGGGGCUGUGGGGCCUGGGCAUUGGGGCUGAGGUGUGGUGGAACCUGGUGCCCCGGAAGACAGUAUCUUCUGGGGAGCUGGCCACAGUGGUGCAGCGCUUCUCCCAAACGGGCAUCCAGGAUUUCCUCACGCUGACCCUGACCGAGCAGAAUGGGCUUCUGUACGUGGGGGCCCGGGAGGCCCUGUUUGCCUUCAGCGUGGAGGCUCUGGAGCUGCAAGGAGUGAUCUCGUGGGAGGCACCAGCUGAGAAGAAGGCUGAGUGUAUCCAGAAAGGGAAGAGUAACCAGACGGAGUGUUUCAACUUCAUCCGCUUCCUACAGCCAUACAACACAUCCCACCUGUACGUCUGUGGCACCUACGCCUUCCAGCCCAAGUGCGCCUACAUCGACAUGCUCACCUUCACUUUGGAGCGCGGAGAGUUUGAGGAUGGGAAGGGGAAGUGUCCCUAUGACCCAGCUAAGGGCCACACUGGCCUCCUUGUGGAUGGCGAGCUGUACUCAGCCACGCUCAACAACUUCCUGGGCACGGAGCCUGUUAUCCUGCGUAACAUGGGGCCCCACCACUCCGUGAAGACGGAGUACCUAGCCUUCUGGCUCAAUGAACCUCACUUUGUAGGCUCAGCCUACGUUCCGGAGAGCGUGGGCAGCUUCACGGGGGACGAUGACAAGGUCUACUUCUUCUUCAGCGAGCGAGCGGUGGAGUACGACUGCUACGCGGAGCAGGUGGUGGCUCGCGUAGCCCGCGUCUGCAAGGGAGACAUGGGGGGCGCGCGGACCCUGCAGCGGAAGUGGACCACGUUCCUGAAGGCGCGGCUGGUGUGCUCGGCCCCCGACUGGCAGCUCUACUUCAACCAGCUGCAGGCGCUGCACACCCUGCAGGACGCCUCUUGGCACAACACCACCUUCUUUGGGGUUUUUCGGGCACGAUGGGGCGAUGUGGACCUGUCAGCAGUCUGCGAGUACCAGUUAGAAGAGAUCCAGAGGGUGUUCGAGGGUCCCUACAAGGAGUACCGUGAGCAGGCCCAGAAGUGGGCCCGCUACACCGACCCAGUACCCACCCCACGGCCCGGCUCGUGCAUCAGCAACUGGCACCGGCGGCACGGCUACACCAGUUCUCUGGAGCUGCCCGAUAACACCCUCAACUUCAUCAAGAAGCACCCACUGAUGGAGGAGCAGGUGGGGCCUCGGUGGGGCCGGCCCCUACUCGUGAAGAAGGACACCAACUUCACUCACCUCGUAGCUGACCGCGUCACCGGGCUUGACGGAGCCACAUAUACAGUGCUGUUCAUUGGCACAGGUGACGGCUGGUUGCUCAAGGCCGUGAGCCUGGGGCCCUGGGUCCACCUGAUCGAGGAGCUGCAGGUGUUUGACCAGGAGCCUGUGGAAAGCCUGGUCCUAUCCCGGAGCAAGAAGCUGCUCUUUACGGGCUCCCGCUCUCAGCUGGUUCAGCUGCCCCUGGCCGACUGCAUGAAGUAUCGCUCCUGUGCAGACUGUGUCCUCGCUCGGGACCCCUACUGUGCCUGGAGUGUCAACACCAGCCGCUGUGUGGCCGUGGGUGGCCACUCUGGAUCCCUGCUGAUCCAGCAUGUGACAGUCUCAGACACUUCGGGCAUCUGUAACCUCCGUGGCAAUAAGAAAGUCAGGCUCACGCCCAAAAACAUCACGGUGGUGGCGGGCACAGACCUAGUUUUGCCCUGCCGCCUCUCUUCCAACCUCGCCCACGCCCGCUGGACCUUUGGGGGCCGAGACCUGCCUGCGGAACAGCCCGGCUCCUUCCUUUAUGAUGCCCGACUACAGGCCUUGGUCGUGAUGGCCGCCCAGCCCCGCCACGCCGGGGCGUACCACUGCUUUUCGGAGGAGCAGGGGGCACGGCUGGCUGCUGAAGGCUACCUGGUGGCUGUGGUGGCAGGCCCGUCAGUGACCCUGGAGGCCCGGGCACCCCUUGAAAACCUCGGGCUGGUGUGGCUGGCUGUGGUGGCCCUGGGGGCCGUGUGCCUGGUGCUGCUGCUGCUGGUUUUGUCACUGCGCCGGCGGCUGCGGGAGGAGCUGGAGAAAGGUGCCAAGGCGGCGGAGAGGACCCUGGUGUACCCUCUGGAGCUGCCCAAGGAGCCCACCAGUUCCCCCUUCCGGCCUGGCCCCGAGACAGAUGAGAAACUCUGGGAUCCUGUCGGCUACUACUACUCGGACGGCUCCCUCAAGAUCGUGCCUGGGCACGCCCGGUGCCAGCCCGGGGGUGGGCCCCCUUCUCCGCCUCCUGGCAUCCCCGGCCAGCCCCUGCCUUCUCCAACCCGGCUUCACCUGGGGGGUGGGCGGAACUCAAAUGCCAACGGUUAUGUGCGCUUACAACUGGGGGGGGAGGACCGGGGAGGGCUCGGGCACCCCCUGCCAGAGCUCGCUGAUGAGUUGAGGCGCAAACUGCAGCAGCGCCAGCCACUGCCGGACUCCAACCCCGAGGAGUCCUCGGUAUGAGGGGAGCCCCCACCGCGGCCGCGGGCGCAGCGUGGGAGGUGCACCUCCUGCUUUUGCACAGGCACCAGCUACCUCAGGGACAUGGCGCGGGCACCUGCUCUGCCUGGGACAGACCCUGCCCGGCACCCGCCCGGCCAUGAGGACCUGCUCUGCUCAGCACAGGCACUGCCACUUGGUGUGGCUCACCAGGGCACCAGCCUCACAGAAGGCAUCUUCCUCCUCUCCGUGAGGGGCUGUGAAUCACGGACACACGGGACCCCAGCAGCGAAAACUUUUCAAGGCAGAAGUUGGAGGUGUGGGUGUGUUUGUGUAUGUGUGUGUGUGUGUCUGUGUGUAUGUGACAUAGUCUUCCUUUCUGUCGCAUCCUCCCUUGCAGAUGCGGGUGUGUUUGUGUGUAGAUAUGUGUGCGUGUAUGUGAGACAGUCUUCCUUUCUGUCGAGGCUUCCCUUGGCCUGGGGUCCUCCUGGUGAGUCAUUGGAGCUAUGAAGGGGAAGGGGUCGUAUCACUUUGCCUCUCCUACCCGCCCCUGUCCCCAGUGUGGGGCAGCGAUGUACAUAUGGGGGUGGGCUGGGCAGGGUGCUGUGGGCCCCUUUGGGAGGAGUGCAGGGCUCUGGGGUGGGCCUAGUGCUGCUCCUAGGGCUGUGAAUGUUUC